AUGCCAGGUUACGACAGCUCGAGACGAAGCCAAUUGCCCCGGCGAACAAAGCUUCAACAUGGGCUACCGUGGGCGCGAAGUGUCUGUCGCGUCCGCACCUCCCACAAUACCAUCAUACUACACCGAAAAUACCUCGGCAGGAGCUUUCGCGAUCCCUUCUACGCUUUCACCAGGUGGGCAUCCAUCGAUGCCUCGAAGAAGAUUAUCCGAGAAACGCGCGCCGCGUCCAAGGACCCGAACAGACCCAUCAUAUGGAAUGACCAAGCACAUCUCACUGGUGCCGGAGUGACGCUCUGUCUCGAUGUGAUGCAUCGCGCACCAGGCGACUCAGAACUCACCGAGCACCGCGCCCUAGUCGACGAAGCAAUGACCCUGCUCAGCAACAGCAAAGACAGCGUCCUCGCCUCUCGCGGCCACAAACUCCUCUCCUCAAUGCUCAAGAAAAGCACCGCCGAAUCCACGAGCAAAACCAUGUCCGACGCAUUCGGUUGCCCCGGAACCACCCUCGCGGACGCAAGCAAAGCCUGGCCCAUCGAGAGCUCUAAUAGCCUGCAAACAGUAGUCGAAAGCGCUGGUGAGCAGCCUCAAGCCUUCGCGACACCAGAUAGUGAAGCUGACCUCGCUAAGACGAGGACCAAUGCAUCGCCAAUAGAUACCGUCGACAUGACCCCCAGCUUCACCCUCGCCAACGUCGACGAAGUCCUAACCGACGCAUCCUGGACCGAAACUUCCAGCCGAAUACUUCCCCGACCAACUCGGCUUCGGGAACGCUCUGGACUUCAAUGCCAUUCACGACACAUUGGGCCCAUACUGAGAAUCACCAUCCCCACUUUCGAGAUCUUGCAACAACGAUAG